CGUGGCUAAUCAAGUAAUCAAUACUACCCUUUCUUAUAAAUUUUCUGCUUGACAGAGCUAUUGUGAGAAACUACCUCCGCGGUGACUGGUAAAAGCACAACCAAUCAUAGUAUCGGCCACGCCUUAAACUUGUUGAUUACUCAUCAUAAUUCAUACCUACACUGUUAAUUGCUCUUCAUCACGCACACAUAACUACUCUCUCCCGGCUAUUCAACCGCUGCCGGUGAUUUUCUUUUCACAAUGGCGUCCGAUCAGCUCGAGAUCUCCUUCGCCGGAAUAUUCGCUUGCAGCGCCUUCGCUGCUUGCUUCGCUGAGUUCUGCACUCUACCUUUAGACACAGCGAAAGUUAGGUUACAGCUGCAAAAGCGGGCUGCAUCAGGGGAAGGAGGAGUAGGCGCAUCCAAGUACAAGGGAUUGUUUGGUACUAUGAUGACGAUUGCUAAGGAAGAAGGGAUAGUUUCCCUAUGGAAGGGCCUUGUACCAGGCUUACAUCGACAGUUCCUCUAUGGUGGCCUAAGAAUCGGGUUGUACGAGCCUGUUAAGGCUCUAUUGGUGGGAAGUGAUUAUGUGGGAGAAGUUUCUUUGUUCAGCAAAAUACUAGCUGCACUUUUAACUGGUGCUAUAGCAAUUUCUGUGGCUAAUCCCACUGAUCUAGUGAAAGUUAGACUUCAAGCUGAGAGUAAAACACAUGCUGGUGCACCUAAGCGUUAUUUUGGAGCUAUGGAUGCAUAUUAUACAAUAGCAAAACAGGAAGGAUUUGCAGCUUUGUGGACAGGGCUUGUGCCAAAUGUUGCACGAAAUGCAAUCAUAAAUGCUGCUGAGCUGGCUAGCUAUGAUCAUGUCAAAGAGACAGUCUUAAAAAUUCCAGGGUUCACCGAUAGUCCUUUAACUCAUCUACUAGCUGGUUGCGGUGCAGGGUUUUUUGCAGUCUCUGUUGGCUCCCCUGUUGAUGUGGUUAAAUCUAGAAUGAUGGGAGACUCAAUUUACAAAAGCACUAUCGAUUGCUUAUACAAAACUUUAAAGUUUGAGGAUCAAAUUUUUAGUUUGGUAUCGUUAUUUCAGUCUUCGUCCCUUUGGGGCCUUUCGCUUUGUAUAAGGGGUUCUUUCCCAAUUUCACUCGACUAGGAUUAUGGAAUGCUAUCAUGUUCUUGACUCUGGAGUAUGUCAAGAGAUUCUUCAAAUGACAAUUUAGAACAACCAAGAAUUUUACCUUUUGGCCCCUGCUUUGAUUGGCAUCAACGUAGACAAUCUUUUUGAUUGACGAAAUACACAAGUUAUUCUUGCGAUCAGGUUCUACAUUGCUCUUAGACAUGAGGGAUCAGAGGGAGGUCACAUAUUAUCAUCCUGCAAUAGCGCUUUGCAAUAAUGUAAUUGUACUGAAUUUCUCUCGCGGGUGAUAAGUUAAAUAAAAGUUGAAUAGUACAGGUGAACAAAGAUGUCAAAUAUGCAAUGUCAUACAGAGGAAGCGCUUACCACGCGGAAAAUUACAGAUACACAUUGAGUGAGAGAUGACAUUGGAUAAAUAGAAUUCUGUUCAAGCGUGCCCCUUAUUCAUUUGUAUGAAUUUAUAUUACCAGAUUAUUAUAUUUUCAC